AAUAAAUAUGUCAUUACUCAUUUUAUGUUACUCCCUGAACAAAUAGAAAGUAAUAAAGUACAUAAUCUCCAAUACUUGCUCUGUGAAAGUAAUCACAUAUCAGUUUACAUAGCGAAGAAAAUACUUGCUCUGUGAAGAAAAUAAACAAAAUAUUAAAUUAAUCCAUUCGUUAAAAUGAAUUCCAAUACUUAUAAGUGCUGUGCGGUACCUCAGUGUAUUUCCACAACAAUAAAAACGCCAAACAAAGUAUUUGUACACGUUCCAAACAAUAAAUUAAUAAGGAAUAAGUGGUUAAAGCUCGCACUUCGAAACCCGAACGAUGUAGUCACGAAUUCGCCACUUUAUUUCUGUGAAGACCACUUUGAUUUGCCAAAUGAUAUGGAAAAUUAUAUGCAAUAUCAUAUGAUGAAAUCAGUAUCGCAAGUACGUAUGAAACCAGGAUGUAUGCCCCAUAAAUUUACAUGUCAAUCUGAUAGGAAAUCACGAAAAUCUGACACAACAGAGCAACCCUAUAAAGGAAAGAAACGAAGAAUGUUGAUUCUUGAAGAGUGUAAAAAGGAAUUCGAAGAAAAAUAUAUAGUUAUGAAACAAUCAGGUGUUGAAGAAAUUGCAUCUAUUAGUUCAGUUCAGCAGGAUGUAGAUGAAGUUCCCCAAUUGGCACCAAGAAUAGAGGACGACAAAAAAAGAGAAGAUUUUAAUUCUUUAGAGUGUACCUUGAUGAAAAUUAGAAAAAACCCCCGCUCCUAUAUUGGUGUUCCUUUUAGUUGUUUUAAUUUAGUUAACUUGAUUGAAAAACAGACAAAUAUACCAUUUGACCAUAUCUUACUAUGUCUAAAAAAGAUUAAAUUAAAUAAUUCAUUCCGUGAACUUGCUGAUGACUUUGGAAUUGAUAAAACUUAUCCAGGUAAAAUUUUUAUGAAAAAUAUACCUAUUUUAGCGAGUGUAAUGCGUCCUUUUAUUGUACCAUUAGAUAAAUUGAUUAAAAAAAAUCUACCAAAGGCUUUUAGACAUAAAUACAAUAAUGUGACUUGCAUAAUAGACUGUUUAGAGAUUGAAAUACAGAAACCUUCCAACGCUUUAAAUCAAGCCCUUUCCUGGUCUGAUUACAAGAAAAGCAAUACCAUUAAGUACCUUAUAUCCUAUACACCUAAUGGUUUGAUAAAUUAUAUCUCUAAUGGUUAUGGGGGUCGAAUAACAGACACAUGCAUUGUUGAAACUUCCGACUUUUCAAAAUGUUUGGAACCCAAUAUGUGCAUCAUGGCAGAUGGAGGAUUUGAGCAUGUGGAAGUAUAUUUAAGUAGAAUUGGUGUGAAAUUAGUACGGCUACCAAGUGUUGCAUCUGGAUGUAAGCUAACUACAGCAGAAGCUCAAGAAACCAAACAAAUAGAAUAUACUUUGAGAAUUCACGAAGAGCGAGUGAUAAGACGGAUACGUGAAUUCAACAUAUUAAAAUCACAUGAUUGUCUUAACUUAAGUUUGGUUAAAGUUCUCGAUGAUAUUAUAACUAUAGCUUGUGGUUUAAUUAAUUUACAAGAUUCGCUUAUUAAAUAAAAUACUUACUAAUGAAA